GCAGCAGUGACAUCACUUUCCAGAAUUCCCCUCAGCACGACGAAGAGCAGCCAGAGAGACGAAGAAGAGAGACAAACACUGACAAAUAGAGGAGUUAGCUGCUGUCUGAGAUUCAGAACUAUUCAAGCUGAUUUUUUUUUACAACCAAGACAUUAAAGGAUGUCCCUGUAUCCAUCCCUCGAGGACCUCAAGGUCGACAAGGUCAUCAAGGCCCAGGCCCAGUUUGCCCAGACUGCCGCCCCCAUGCCAGCCAUCACCGAGGGAACCUACCAGGUUCAGCCUGCCACUGCUGGGAUGCCAGCAACAACCUUGUACCCGAACCUAGGGGAGCUGGGAGACUACAUGGGUCUGGCCCUCAACAGUGAUGAAGUCCAGAGGAACCUGGCCUUGUUGCCUGUGGCUGACAAUCAAGUGGCGGUGCCCUCCCUGUCAGGUGUCGGGGGGAUGGUGCGGCCGGUGACGGGGGCGGACGUGGGCAUCAGGAGGGCAGAGAUCCGCCCAGGGUUGCGGGAGAUUAUCCUCUGUAAGGACCAGGACGGGAAGGUGGGACUCCGGCUCAGGGCCAUCGACAACGGAGUGUUUGUCCAGCUGGUGCAGGCUAACUCCCCUUCGGCCCUGGCCGGGCUGCGUUUUGGGGACCAGGUCUUGCAGGUCAACGGGCAGAACUGCGCCGGCUGGAGCGUAGACAAGGCCCACAAGGCCCUGAAGGCUGCGGCCGAGACCCGCAUUGAGCUCGUGGUCCGGGACAGACCAUUUCAGCGCACCGUCACCAUGCACAAAGACAGCUCCGGCCACGUGGGCUUCAUCUAUAAGUCUGGUAAAAUCACCUCACUGGUCAAGGAUGCCUCUGCUGCCCGCAACGGCGUGCUGACUGACCAUUUCAUCUGUGAAAUCAAUGGACAAAACGUUAUUGGACUCAAGGAUUCUCAGAUCAAGGACAUUCUGACCACCUCUCCGACCGCCAUGACCAUCACCAUCAUGCCCAAGUUCAUCUACGAACACAUGAUCAAGAGGAUGUCGUCAGGUCUCCUGCGGUCAUCCAUGGAUCACUCUGUCCCAGAGGUUUGAAGACCAGGAGGAGGGCUGUAAACUGUCUGGAUGUCUACAAUACAGAGAUAUCUCUCUCUUUCUUUCUCUUUUCCUCACUCAUAUCUUUAUCUCUCUUUCUCUCUCCCUCUCCCUCUCUCUCUCUUUCUGUCUUCAUACCAAACCACCUCCUGCAUCACAAUCAUCAUCGCUGCCAUUUCUCAUCUUUAACAUAAUCUUAAAAUGCCUUUUUUUCUAUUCUUCAGUUGUUGAGUAUAGUCUUUACCUUUUCUACAUUCACCCCCUCCCCCCCCCAUCUCUGUUGACACGUCUAGUACUUUCUAUACGUUAACCUUGUAGUCUAAGUAUUACAUGUAUUAUUUUUUUGUUUUGUACUUGAGAUCAAGGACAGUACUCAAUGUUAUCUUUAAGCCAUGCACACCAUCAUGAGUCCAGAGCUUCCUCCUCAUUGUGGAGACGUAUCAUUGGCACGUGACGUUUCAUCUUGUCAUAAAUGCUGUAAAAGCUGACGGUCAGUCAUCAGAGCCCUACCAUGUAGAUUACGGCUGUGCCCCCAUUCCCUGCACUUGGCCCCUUAAUGUGUGUAUGUAAUCUGAUCUGAAUAAACACCUGGGGCCUCAUAUUAUGUGAACAAGUUUGUUGACUUGAUUCUAGAUUGCGGUGUCAUUUUUACUCGGCCAGUAAAAAACGAAUAGGUUUUUUAGCAAAGGCGUUGUUUUAAGUUCGUACCAUAUAUUGGUAAAAAUGUGUGUUGAUUUUGGAGAGUAUUUUUUUCUUUAAGGAAACCCCAACAUUUCUAACAUAUAAGUGAGAGUCAGGACAUGAGAGGCAGUUUCCACCUUCUCCAAGAGAUGGCGAGGUAUCAUUGUACCACAUUUUCCUGUCUCUGCGGGGCAAAUGAUCAUGAUGAGGCUCUGAUGCGUUGAAUUUGUAGGUACUGGGGAACACUGUGUGCACAUUCCAGGGGAGAGUGUAGGGAAAAGGGCAGCAGUCGAUGUUUGUUGCCCCCAUGCAAGCUGGGACUUAGCCCUGUCCGCAAACACUGUACGAGCCAUGAGACGGUGAAAGGCACAAGCAAGCAAGAUCACAGUGCACUGAUGUGAUUAGUUAAGCCGGAGCCGAAGGUUAGUUGAAAGGUGUUUGUUUGGAUAUGGUUUUGCGCUUCAAACUGUGUUUUUUUUUCGAGGGAAUUGUUGGUGUUUGUCUGGACAGGGUCUGUGCUGGGCGGACCCACUAAGUGCACUUUCCACUACCUUUUAAAAGGUUGUCUUUCCUGUAUCCAUUUCAACAGUGACGUUCAACAGCUCUUUUUUUUUUUUAUUAUUGUGUUUGUGGUGCCUCAUGUUAAUGAGAGAACUCAUGAAAGCAAACUUGUGUUGUUAACCAUAGGAAAACUGCUGACAUUUGAUGCUGAAAAAAUCAUCUGCUCAAAUCGAAAGGCGUUUAGAAUUCCACAUCAUGGGUUUAGCCGACGAACUCGCUCUCCUCUGCUAAGUGUCGUCAGAGGACGUCCCCUCUGUAAUAUUCCUUCCUUAACUGAUGAGCACAAUGAGACUGAGCAGAGCUCGCAGUUGUGAAAUUUCUACUUGUUAUAUAAAGUUGCUCCUUUUAAUGCUGUUCAUGUUUGGAUGCAUGUAUUCCUUUAAUUUUCUAGGUAUGCAAUCUGAUAAACAUCAAUGUCAUUCUGUAAGAAAAUCUAAAAAUUUAUAUUCGAAUGUAACCAAGAUAAUAUUGUAAAACAAAUAAACAGUCUUUCUGUUCACAU